AUGGCUGUGCUGCUGAGAAUGGCUCAGCCUCACAAUGGCAACACCAACAACACUGUUAGCCAGAAUUUGGUCCUUCAUGACUUUCUGGGCAUGAAGCCCGCCGCCGAUUCUCCCAAAACCACCGAUAUAAGGUUGUCGGAACCGUCGGCCUCCGCCUCCUCUGCUGGUGGACGUGGCCCUUUCUCUGCCACCUCCGACAUCGCUUCCGAGAAACAUGUAGGAAAUCAUCUUGAGGGAGUUCCUUUCUAUGCCCCGAGGAGUGAUUUUUCUGGUACUGAGAUCAGUAACAGAUUAGUGGGAAGCAAGAGAAGUAAUUCUGAUUCCGCUUUUACGGGUUCCUCCAGAGAUGCCUUCCAAAUGGUCCCUGAUUCCUUUCAAAAUUCACAUUUGAUGAAGGUCCUCCGGAAUGCAGCUGGAGGCGAUAGGUCUAGAAGGCCUAAUGAUGAUGAAGUGUUACUUGGUAUGCAGUCAAUGAAGCCAUCUUCUUCACAGAUAUUUCAGCCUCCCAGCAGCACUAAGAUUGAUGCCAAUAAAUGGGAACGAUCUAUUCUCAUGAAUGUUGGCCCUUCCAUGCAGCAUCCACCACGUGGAGGGCAAUUGGCACCUUUUGUGCACCAAAUGGCCUCAAGCAAGAUUAGGGAUAUUAAUGCUGGCCCUUCAUUCAUCUCUCAGUCAGCUGCUGAUGAAGGAUCUAGAACUGGAAUCAAGGGCCCUGGAAUUUUAAGCUCUAUAAACGCAGCUAGUACAGGCACUGAGAAAACUCCAUCUGCAGUGAUGCUUGGUGGCAGCAGGUCAAAGCCUGGAACUAAUAUAAUAGAAUCAUCCACACCUCCAAGCAGUCAACACGUGCUAACUUCUGCCAGCCGCCAGAUGACUAUUUUUUAUGGAGGCCAAGCUCAUGUUUUUGAUGAUGUCCAUCCUCAUAAGGCAGAUGUUAUAAUGGAUUUGGCUGGGUCAAAUGGUGGAUCUUGGUCGACUGCAUUCUUGCCUAAAUCUGCUGCAAAAAUGUUUAAUGAUGGUAACAUGCACAGUGGAGAAAAUGAAACAGGUGCAGGGAAUAAUUUGGCAUUCCCACAGGAGCUUCAUGGGAAAUUGUCUAUUACUGGAAGUUCUAGCCAUGCCAUGGGGCCUGGUGAUCGAGUAACUACUCCUGCAGGGGCACAUCAAGGUAGCAUUUUCGCUAAAGAUACAAGAAAUCCAGUUCAACCACCUGAUCCCAGUUCUGAAGACAAAAGAGGACAGUGA